AUCUUUCUUCACAUAUCUCUCUCUCUCUCUAAUGUUCUUCUAGAUUCCCAUUUUCUUAUCUUUUCAGUUUCUUGAAUUCAAGAACUGAUAGGAAGAGAGAUAGAGAUAGAGAGGUGUGAAAAUGGAAGGUGUUAUCCAAACAAAAGGGCUUUUAUCCCUUCCUUCAAACCCACAAACCAGAGCUUUUCUUUACAAACCACCACAGCUUUCUCUCCGCCAAAGAUUCAAUCUCUCAAAUCCCUUAAAACCCAUAUCCACAAAUGGGUUUUCUUUAAAUCUUGAUGGGUCAAGAAAAUUUCAAGGAUUUGGUACAAUCCCUGGUUUGUUAGGUGGCAAAAAGGCUAGAAUUCAUGUUUGUAAGGCUUCCGCCGCCGCCGGAGCCGCCGUCCCCGGUGGCGCCGGUGGUGGUGGAUAUGGUGAAGUGGAAGGCCCUAAGUUUAUGGGUAUUGAAGUUUUGACCCUGAAAAAGAUUGUACCAUUAGGGUUGAUGUUUUUCUGCAUUCUUUUCAAUUAUACAAUCCUUAGGGAUACAAAAGAUGUCUUAGUGGUAACAGCCAAGGGUUCAAGUGCUGAAAUUAUACCCUUUUUGAAAACUUGGGUUAAUUUGCCUAUGGCAAUUGGGUUUAUGUUAUUGUAUACCAAAUUGUCAAAUGUGCUAUCAAAAAAGGCUCUUUUCUACACUGUAAUCCUUCCCUUUAUAGCAUUUUUUGGGGCUUUUGGGUUUGUUUUGUAUCCUCUUAGCAAUUACUUCCAUCCAACAGCACUUGCUGAUAGGCUACUUGAGUUCUUGGGGCCAAGGUUUCUUGGACCUCUUGCAAUUAUGAGGAUUUGGAGCUUCUGUUUGUUCUAUGUGAUGGCUGAGCUUUGGGGAAGUGUGGUGGUUUCAGUUCUGUUUUGGGGGUUUGCUAAUCAGAUAACGACCAUAGAAGAAGCCAAAAAGUUCUAUCCUUUAUUCGGUCUCGGAGCCAAUAUUGCCUUGAUUUUCUCGGGACGUACCGUGAAGUACUUCUCGAAUAUGAGGAAACAUUUAGGUCCCGGUGUCGAUGGAUGGGCCAUUUCGUUGAAAUACAUGAUGAGCAUUGUCGUCCUAAUGGGAUUAGCCAUUUGCGGUCUUUAUUGGUGGGUGAAUACGUUUGUUCCUCUUCCUACCCGUAGCAAGAAGAAGAAGGAGAAGCCAAAUAUGACGACGAUGGAGAGUUUGAAAUUCUUGGCGUCAUCGCCGUACAUUAGGGAUCUAGCUACGUUGGUCGUAGCAUACGGGAUUAGCAUUAAUCUCGUCGAGGUUACAUGGAAAUCGAAGCUCAAGGCCCAGUUUCCUAGUCCAAACGAGUACUCGUCUUUCAUGGGCGACUUCUCGACCGCAACCGGAAUAGCAACGUUCACGAUGAUGCUUCUAAGUCAAUGGAUAUUCAACAAGUACGGUUGGGGGGUGGCUGCCAAAAUCACGCCAACGGUCCUUCUUCUAACCGGGGUCGGAUUCUUCUCUUUGAUCUUGUUUGGAGAUCCUCUCGGACCAGGUCUUAUGAAGUUCGGGAUUACGCCUCUUUUAGCAGCAGUCUAUGUUGGUGCAAUGCAAAACAUAUUCAGCAAAAGCGCAAAAUACAGUUUGUUCGAUCCAUGCAAAGAAAUGGCAUACAUUCCGUUGGAUGAAGACACCAAGGUUAAAGGGAAGGCCGCCAUAGAUGUCGUGUGCAACCCGUUGGGGAAAUCGGGCGGAGCUCUGAUUCAACAAUUCAUGAUCUUAACGUUCGGUUCGCUUGCAAACUCGACACCAUACCUUGGCGGAGUACUUCUCGUGAUCGUGGUGGCGUGGUUAGGUGCCGCCAAGUCGUUGGACACACAGUUCACUGCUUUGAGGCAGGAGGAAGAGCUCGAGAAGGAGAUGGAGAGGGCGGCGGUCAAAAUCCCGAUUGUUUCUUCGAACGUGGAUGCAAACGGAUCGGUGGGGAGUGAUGCCAGCAGCGGUUCGCCGGAAACGUCGUUUCCGAGAAACGCUUGAAUCCAGGGUUAAUUCGGAUGGUUUUAUAGGAGUUUAGGGUUUUGAUACAGAUAAAGAUUGAAACUUUUGGGAUGUUUUUGUCAUUGUCUUUGAGUAGAAUAAUGAAGGGCAAAAGGCUGUGGAAUGCUGCUUACUUUUGAAGUUGUUCAUCUUUGUAGAAACUGUAUUUUGAUGUUUUAAUUUGAUAAGAGUUUCUGUUUUCCUAUUGGUCAAAAAUACUGGAGUUAAUGUAUCAGAUAUUGUCUGUUUUUGUA